AUGUUCGCCGUCAGAAACUCGCUGCGCCUUUGCUCCAGGUUAUCCAACCUGGCUGUGGUGAAGCGAGGAUGCGCUGGAACUUCUAUCCCCGUUGACGACGUGGUGAACGGACUCACAGACGACCAGAUCCAGUUAAGGGAGUCGGUUCGUAAAUUCUUCUUGGAGAAGCUUGCCCCGUAUGCAGAUGAGAUCGACAAGAACAAUGAGUUUCCAGGAAUGCGGGAAUAUUGGAAAGCAAUGGGGGACAUGGGACUGCUUGGCAUUACAGCUCCUGUGGAGGAUGGCGGUACAGGACUAGGCUACCUGGAUCACGUCAUCGUCAUGGAAGAGAUGUCCCGGGUGUCGGGAGGCAUCGCUCUCAGCUAUGGCGCUCACUCCAACCUGUGCGUCAACCAGCUGGUGCGUCACGCCAACCGCCAACAGAAGGAGAAGUACAUGCCUAAGUUACUGUCAGGAGAGCACAUGGGAGCGCUGGCCAUGAGUGAGCCGAACUCCGGGUCUGACGUCGUGUCCAUGAAACUGAGAGCCACAAAGACAGGUGACCAUUACGUUUUGAACGGCAACAAGUUCUGGAUCACAAACGGGCCGGACGCAGAUGUCCUGAUCGUGUACGCCAAGACGGACCCCAAUGCCUAUCAAAGAGGAAUCACCGCCUUUAUUGUGGAAAAGGGCAUGGCAGGAUUCUCCACCGCUCAGAAACUAGAAAAACUCGGCAUGAGGGGAUCCAACACCUGCGAGCUGGUCUUUGAAGACUGCAAAGUUCCAGAGGAGAACGUUCUGGGUCCACUGAACAAAGGCGUCUAUGUGAUGAUGAGUGGUUUGGAUCUGGAGAGGCUGGUGCUCGCAGCCGGACCCGUCGGGAUCAUGCAGGCAGUUUUGGACAACGCCAUUCCCUACAUGCACGUCAGAGAAGCUUUUGGACAAAAGAUUGGACACUUUCAGCUCAUGCAAGGCAAGAUGGCCGACAUGUACACCCGGCUGAGCUCGUGUCGGCAGUAUUUGUACAACGUUGCUCGAGCUUGUGACCGAGGACACUUCAGUGCAAAGGACUGUGCAGGAGUGAUCUUAUAUUGCGCUGAGAAUGCCACUCAAGUUGCUUUGGACGGAAUUCAGUGUUUGGGUGGGAACGGCUACAUCAACGACUACCCGAUGGGACGCUUCCUGCGAGACGCCAAGCUGUAUGAAAUCGGCGCCGGAACCAGCGAGGUCCGCAGACUCAUCAUCGGGCGGUCCUUCAACUCCAUGUUCAAAUAGAUGUCAGUGAGAACAAGGGGAGUGGUUUGUUUUGAUUGCAGUUAUUCACACCCGUCACCUUACUGCAGGAUCACCUGAUGAAGCCGGACGCACAUAUUCUGAUCUUUGAUACAAGAACGCAUUAAUCUGUCUAUAAAUAUCAGCCCGUGAUAAGUGACCUUGACUGUGAAAGUUGCUCAGAAUGUGAGUAAGCAGAAGGAUGUUGGCUCAUUUAAACGCUCCUGAAACAGUUUAAUUCUUAGUUGACUGACUUAUUCAGAAUUUUGUGACUUUAGAGGCAGAAAUCAACAUGUAUUAUCACCGUUUUUCCAUUCAUGAUCACAAAACCGCCUGAUUUUACUCGUCUGAAUCAAAACAGUUCCACUGUAAUUAUGUGAUAGUGUUAAAUAUGUGUACUUUAAGUCUCUGAAUUUUGUUCUGUUUCUCUCUCCAUCUUUAUGUAGCUGUACAGUUAGAAAAAAGUAUAAAAUGAUAGUUUUGUUUGCAAUAAAAUAAAUGUCCGAC